UUUGUGUUAGGUCACGUUCCAUCUGUAAACUGGGGUAAAGGGCAUGAGCAUAACUUUCAUACGCUAUUGUGGGAAUCUUGACCGUUUUAAAGAAGCUAGUCUUUAGGUAGCUGACUAGGUCUCUAGAUUUCUGCUCAAUUAAAAGGCUUGGUACAUUUCUCCACAGGACAUGUUGCCUAACACAGGAAAGCUGGCGGGAUGCACCCUAUUUAUCACAGGGGCGAGUCGGGGCAUUGGCAAAGCCAUUGCACUGAAAGCAGCCAAGGACGGUGCCAAUGUGGUGAUCGCCGCUAAAACAGCCCAGGCCCACCCCAAGCUCCCAGGGACCAUUUACACAGCUGCAGAAGAAAUUGAGGCGGCGGGCGGGCGAGCCUUGCCGUGCAUCGUAGACGUCAGAGAUGAAAAGCAGAUCAGCGACGCAGUGGAGCAGGCUGUGAGCAAGUUUGGAGGCAUUGACAUCUUGGUCAACAAUGCCAGUGCCAUCAAUUUGACGGGAACCCUGCAGACGCCCAUGAAGAAAGUGGACCUCAUGUUGGGCAUUAACCUCAGAGGGACCUACCUAACGUCAAAGCUGUGUGUCCCGUAUCUUCUGAAGAGCAAAAAUGCUCACAUCCUGAACCUCAGUCCACCUCUCAACCUAAACCCCAUCUGGUUCAAAAAUCACACAGCGUACACCAUGGCGAAGUACGGAAUGUCCAUGUGCGUUCUGGGAAUGGCGGAGGAGUUCCGAGGAUCAAUAGCCGUCAAUGCCUUGUGGCCCAAGACAGCCAUUCAGACUGCGGCCAUGGAUAUGCUGGGGGGCACUGACGUGGCUAACCAGUGCAGGAAAGUGGACAUCAUGGCCGACGCGGCUUAUUGCAUCUUCAGCAAGCCCCCCAGCUACACUGGCAACUUUGCCAUUGACGAGGACGUUCUGAGGAAAGAAGGAAUCGUAGACUUCGAUACAUACGCUGUUGCUCCAGGUCACCCACUGCUCCCAGACUUCUUCCUGGAUGAGGAUCCAGAGUUGAUUACGAACAAAAUGGGGGGUGAAGGUGCUCCUCCUGCUUCCAAAGCCAGCCCAGAGGCCGCUGGCGACGGACCGAUUGCUGAAACCUUCAAAAUCAUCAAAGGGAUUCUCAGUCCCGAUGUUGUCAAAAGUACACAGGGAGUGUACAAGUUUGACAUUUCCGGAGAGCACCCCGGGGUCUGGUACAUUGACCUGAAGAACGACGCGGGCAGCGCGGGCAGCGGGGAGCCGCCAGUCCAGGCCGACGUGGUGAUGAGCUUGGACAGCGCCGACUUCGUCAAAAUGUUUUCGGGCAACCUAAAGCCAACCAUGGCCUUUAUGUCUGGAAAGUUGAAGAUUAAAGGGGAUAUGACCCUGGCCAUCAAAAUGGAGAAGAUGAUGUCCUUGAUGAAGGCUAAGCUUUAAUGAAGCCGACAGCCGGAAUACACAAACAUGUUUGCCUUUCACGUGUUUAUAACUGUUAUAACACUUUUCUAAUUCAGCUUCUAAAUACACCAAUUUCUUUCCAA